AAACUGCAUAAGAUGAUGUAUUUGAAAUUUGAUUAUGAUCGAAUUUUGAGGGUCGUUUCUUCAAAAGAAAGUUUUCGAAAACACGGCUUAUUCCGAUUUUUGACGUGGGAAAUAUAUAUCCCACCGGUAGUGAAAGGGUUAAACGAGUGAUAAUCAAACGCUGUUUUUUCAUCUAUUACUGCAACUAUUUUAAACUGUUUUAGCGCCAAAUUUUAUACCACCACCACCGCCACCAGGUCCUCCACCACCCGCAUUUGGCAUGGGUAUCCCACAUCCUCCUCCCGGCAUGUUAGAAGCACCACCGGGCACAAUGACAAUAAAGAAAAAAAUCGAAACUAAAUACAAAUUACCAAAUUUAAAUUGGACAUCAUUAAAACCGUUACAAGUUCGUGGAACAGUAUUUAGUGAAUUGGAUGAUGAAAAAUAUCUCAAACUAAUUGAUUUUGAAACAUUUGAAGAAUUAUUUAAAACUGGCAGUGGUUUACCUGUGAAUAAUGGUGGAAAUAUAAGUCCACAUUUAAAACCAAAAUUUAUCAAAAUACCCGAAAGUUUAACAUUAUUAGAUCCACAACGACAAAGAAAUCUAGCUAUUGCUCGUCGAAAAUUAGAUCUUGAUGUAAAUACGAUAAUGCGUGCAUUAAACAAUCUUGAUCUUAAAAUAUUAACAAUCGAUACAAUUGAUAUAUUACAACAUUUUAUUCCUACAGAAUCUGAACUAUCAAAAAUUGAACGUUUACCACAAAAAUUAAAUGUUGUUUCAUUUAUGGCAAAUUUUAAUGAUAUUAAUGAAAAUUUAGCACCGCAAUUGAAAGCAGUAAUUAAUUCAUCAUUGGCGUUGAAAAAUAGUACAAGAUUUAAAAAAUUACUUGAAAUUAUUUUGGCCUUCGGCAAUUAUAUGAACAGUAGUAAACGAGGGCCGGUGUACGGAUUUAAAUUAAACAGUUUAGAAAUUUUAUCUGAUACUCGAACACACGAUAAACGUUUAACACUUCUACAUUAUAUUGUACAAACAAUUCAAGAACGUUUUUCAGAUGUUGCUAAUUUUGAUUCAGAUUUGAAAAUAGUUGAAAAAGCAGCACAAGUUUCGUUGGAAAAUAUUCAAAUUGAUGUGCAAGAUUUAACACGUGGCCUAGAUUUGACCAAGAAAGAACUAGCCAUACGUCAAACAAUGAAGAAUGUUGAAAUUCGUCUACUAGAAGAUUUUUUAUUUUUAACGCAAGACAAAGUUGAUCGUUUAACAAAAGAUGCCAAAAAUGCACAAGAAACAUUUUCACAAUGUGUCGAAUAUUUCGGUGAAACACCGCGUAGUCAAACACCAUCAAACUUCUUCUCUGUAUUUGUCAAGUUUCAACGUGCCUUUCAACAAGCACGAAUUGAUAAUGAUGAACGUAAUCGUUUAGCUCGUGAAGCAACUCUUGAACGUCCCGUAAAUACAAAACGAACAUUGAAUAAACGUUCACAGUUGAAAAACGGUCUUCCUCUACAGGAAGACUUAUUGAAUGAAUUAAAAUCACGAAAAGAAGUAUUCAAAGAUCAAAAAUUAAUAAAACGUGAUGCGGUCAAAGAGGGAACAAUCGAAUCAUUAUUAGACGAUUUGAAAAAGACACCUUAUUUACGUGCUGAUGCUGCUCGACGAAAUCGACGUAAAACUCAAGAAUUAAUGAAAGAAUUAAGUCGUGAUGUUCGUAGUGGAAAUGAAUUACAUUUAUAA